UUGGAUUUCAAUUGCUAGCUUUAAUAUUUUUCCCUCUUUUCGUCACGAGAUUUAUGACCUGAAGCUCGAUUCCUUGACUGCUUUUCAGUUUCAUAAACUUGGGGGAUUCUUCCCUCUUAUGGAACUUGAGUUCUGAAACUAAAGUGAAGAUCUAUUUGUUGACAGUGAAUAGGAUGGAUCACUUUGCGGGAGCUGAAGAGCAUCUUGCUCAACAAAGACUGAGGCAGAAGCUUGAUGAAGUCAAUGUAGCUGCUCAAAAUAACCUUGCCCCUAUCCAAGACCAUGUCAAUUUCACUCUCCAGAAAGCAUAUUUCAAAUGUGCGUAUGAGUGCUUUGAUAGGAGCAGAAGGCAGGAAGAGAUAACUAAUUGUGUCGAAAAUUGCAGUAUUCCUCUUGCUAAUGUUCAACAGACUUUUGAUACUGAGAUGCAAAAGUUUCAGGAGAAAUUGAAUAGAUCUCUGAUGGUAUGUCAAGAUAGGUAUGAGUCUGCAAAGCUCCAGCAGAAAGGUGGGGCCAUGAAUGAUAUGGUUUCCUGUGCUGAUGAGGCGAUCCAAGACAGCAUCAAGAUGCUACCACUUCUUGCUAAUAAGUUGAAAUCCUCCUUUGGCAUUAAGGACAAUGACUCCUUCUAGCUCCAUUUUUUUGUAUCCAAAGAUUUAGUUAUUAUUGUAGAUGGUGCAAAUUUGCAAGAUAUUAUUUUGUAACUCUAUCUAGAGUACACAAGAUUUUGCUGGAUUUCUGUAGUUAGAAUGCUGGGAAAGCUUGAUUUAUCAAUGACUUGAAGCAAUAAUUAUGUGCAUUUCGUUAGGUUUUAUUUCGCUACCUUCAAAUGUAACAUUGUAUACGAUGUGAUCAUUUUAAAUUUAAUCGCAAACAACUUCACCCGUGCAAUCUA